AGGCGUGUGGGGGCCGAGGCCCGGUGCGCACCUGCCCCGCCUCCUCCAGGCGGGCCACGGGGCAUGCAGCCGGUCGGGGGCGGGGCUCCGAGGCCGGGACGCGGCCACCGGCUCCCCCGCAGCCUCCUCCAGCUGGACCCCGUCGCGCUCCUGAUGCUGCUCGUGGACGCCGACCCGCCGGAGUCCGUGCGCAGCGGGGCGCGCGAGCUCGCGCUCUUCCUGACCCCCGAGCCCGGGGCCGAGGCGAAGGAGGUGGAGGAGACCAUCGAGGGGAUGCUCCUCAGGCUGGAAGAGUUCUGCAGCCUGACUGACAUGAUCAGGAGUGACACUUCACAGAUCUUGGAGGAAAACAUCCCGCUCCUUCAGGCCAAAGUGACAGAAAUGCGUGGCAUCUAUGCCAGAGUGAACCAGCUAGAGGCCUUCGUCAAGAUGGUUGGGCACCACGUCUCCUUCCUGGAGGCCCACGUGCUUCGGGCCGAGCGGGACGAUGGGGCCUUCUCGCAGGCUCUGCGGAGAUGGCUGGGCUCCGCCGGGCUUCCCUCCUUCAGGAGCAAGCCGCUGGCGGCCCCGGCCUUUGAGCUGCCCGCGCUGUACCGCACGGAGGACUACUUCCCCCCGGCCACCGGCCCUGCUGCACUGCGGACCCCCCGCCCCCGGCGCCGGCGGGUGUGAGCCUCUGAAGCUGGGGGCCUGUCUCAUGCUGUCCCUUCAUGCUGUGAUCCCCUCCCUUGCUGCACGUGGAACCACGGGAUUCGGAGACCCAGAUUCGGAGACCCAUCUGGGGCCCGUGUGGCCGGGUCCGAGCAGCCACCGUGGCUCUAGGCCCUGGUGGCUGCUCGCUGCCACCAGACGCACGGCUUCAGGGUCACCUGCAGUGGCUCAUCUGUCUGUGAUCCCCGGUGCCCGCCGGCCUGUGAAUCAUCUCAAUAAAGAUGUCAAGAGGUCA